AUGGGUGAAAUUAAAAUUGCCCUGAAAAAAGAAAUGAAGACAGAUGGAGAGCAGCUGAUAGUGGAGAUACUACAGUGUAGAAAUAUUACGUAUAAAUUUAAGUCUCCAGACCAUCUACCAGAUCUGUAUGUGAAACUCUACGUCAUUAAUAUAGCAACUCAGAAGCGAAUAAUAAAGAAGAAAACCAGGGUCUGUAGGCAUGAUCGAGAACCUUCGUUUAAUGAGACAUUUCGUUUUAGCAUGAGUCCUGCUGGACAUUCGCUGCAGAUUUUGCUUGCUUCAAAUGGAGGGAAGUUUAUGAAGAAAACUCUUAUAGGUGAAGCUUAUAUUUGGCUGGACAAAGUGGACCUUCGAAAAAGGAUAGUAAAUUGGCACAAACUUUUAGCCAGCUCUGCUCAAACACACUGA